AUGAGGACUGUAGAUUCUCAUCUCCUAGAUGGGAAGAUAGAAGAAACUGUCACCCACUAUAUAACAACAGCACAUCAAUCUAGCGAGGCUGUUCAUGUUGAUGCCAAUGGGCUUACCCUUAAUGUCCAAGAAGAUGUUGGAGGCAGAGUUGUUACUGUGAUGCACCCUCCUAAUUUCACACCCAAUAUGUGCAGACAAGUGACUGUUGGAGAACAAGUUGGUGAUGGUCCAUGGAAUGAAGAACUUUUGGAUACAGAUGGGCGAAUUGCAGCACUAGUGGCUCACCUCUCUCAGCACUCCAGGACUUCACAACACCAACCACAUCAUAUGAAGGUUACAUCUGUCAGAGGAGAUGUCGAUGCAUCUGUUAUUUUGGAUGCGCCUUUGCGGUUGUUCAAUGGGCAAAUUAUGGAACAACCAGCGGAAUCGUCACUGGUAGAGUCAGCGGGUCAGCUUCCACCCCUGCCACCGUUACAGGGUAUGAAACGAUGCCCGCCCACAGACUGGUUCAACAACAAUACCAAAACUAUACUCAAGGACGAUACCCAAAUAUUAACGGAUUCAGAUGGGCCAGUGUUAGAGUUAGGCGCUGGAGCUUCACCAGCACAGAAUAAACAGAGUAAAAAGAGCUUACCCCACAAGAAGAGGAUAUCCAAGAAAUUAAAGAGGAAUACUGGAAAUAGUACACCGCAGGGACAGGGUAUAGUUGUAAUUAAUUGCGCCGAGGAGGUGCAACAAGAGGAAAUCCUACCGGAUAAUUUUGUUGCUGCCGUGCAGCAUGAACAACAUUUACCUGAAGAGAAUCAGCAUAUCACACACGAGGUCAGACCGAUAUUCAUAUGUCAACUGUGUGGUGAAUUCUACGGCGAAGAACAGCUUAAGUUCUAUCAACACCUCAAACAACACUACGAGCCACACGGCACUAUAAUUAUUGAAAACCCAGUCUCAGAUCUCAAUAUUGAUAAGAUGGCUAACACUUGCAUAGUGGACAAUGUAGCUACGUUACCAGACUCAAUAGUAGAAUUAUCCUUAGAGAAUACUGUACCUAAAACUAUGUAUCAACCUAUAGAUAAACAUGUACUGUAUACAUCGAGUGAAAAAACUCUUAAUUACACAAAUAAUAAGGUGCAAUAUUCAAUGGCUAGUAUGGAUAAAGAACAGCCAGUACCAACUGCGGAGGCCGAAAAAACUGAUUUAUAUGAGACAUUAGAGAAAUUAGAGUUGUACAGUUGUAUGAAAUGUAACAAAUCAUUUAGAAAACAGAAGCAGUGCGAGGCGCAUAUAAUGGAAGCUCAUUCUAAUACUAAGUUGGAAGACAUCAGUGAGUUCAGCGAGCCUGAAGACCUGAUGGAGGGCAUCCACGUCGCCGUAGAUGAAACACAAGAAAAUUAUCAGCCGCUGUUGCCGCACCUCACUGUGGACAGUGGACACGUGCACCAGGAACACGUACGGCACUGGUACAUUCGUAACGGUAACGUGUGUGCGGAAACCGAAGCUAGUCCCGGGGCGGAUACGGGACCAAGUCCGGGAGCGUCCCCUAAUGCGGGCACUUGUGGGACGGACGGCGCAUACUGUCCCGUGUGUCCCGCCCCCAGACCUGCCUCACCACAUUUCAAAGAGGAAGUGCUACAAAGGAUAUUCGAUACCGAAGUUUCUAACGGUGAAACGAAUUUCUCUGAUACCAUCAUCCCGGACAGCGUAGAAGCGCAAGAGCCUACGUCGCCUACGGAACAUAAGAAAGUGAAGAGGUUCGAGUGUCAACAUUGUUCCCGCGUAUUCUAUCACAGGAACAGUCUCAUGUAUCACGUGCUUAGUCAUAGCGCUAAACAGCAGAUGUGUAGGGAGUGCGGCAAGAGUUUCUACACUGCGGCUGCAUUAAAGGUUCAUAAACGCGUACACAACGGUGAUCGUCCGUGCAAGUGCGACGAGUGCGGGCGGAGAUUCCGUCAAUGGAGCGAUUUAAAGUAUCACAAGACCUCCAUACAUUCCAACCAGAAACACUUCAGGUGCGAAUUCUGUGGGAAGCAAUUCGCACGUAAAUACUCAUUGAAUCUUCAUCGUAAGAUUCACACUGGGGAACGUGAUUAUAAAUGCGAAUACUGUGACAAGAGUUUCCGUGCCUCCUCCUAUCGACUCAGUCAUAUGCGUACGCACACAGGUGAUCGUCCAUACAAAUGCAACGAAUGCGACAAAUGCUUCCGCGUUGCCGGAGACUUGCGACGUCACUCGAUGAUUCACGAGAAACUCCGACACCGUCUCGACGAAUCUAAACCACGCGUGCAAAAACGCAACGUCCCCCAACCCCCCGUCGACCCUCCCACUGAUCCCCUCGAAACUGCGGCUUCCCGUCGUCCCACCUCAAAAUCCACACCUACUCCAAAGAAACCUCAUAAAUCCAAAAAGAACGUUCUCAAAAAGGGGGCCCCGCCCAAUGUCACCGUUAGUCGUUCUGAAUUCAAAAUCUCAGACUACGAAAACUCCGAAGCGUUCGAUACGCGACAGCAAAUGGACUACAAAUUUAAAGACGUUUACAGCGAUGGUGACUACCCAAAGGACACAUUCAAAGUAAAAGAAUACAACGAACAAAUGUAUAAAGAGAACGAAAGGCUGACCGAUGUGAGUAUGAUCAAGGGUCAAAUUUGCGAAACCGACAAAUCUUUUGUGAGAGGUAAUACAGACGGUAAAAUGCAAAUUUUCACUCACAUAGAAAAAAAUAAAGAAUACAACGGCCCUAUCGUUACCAGUGCUGUUUCUUUAGGUGAUAUUAGACAUUUAGAGAGGGAUGUUAGGGAUGUGCGAAGCGACGGAAUUCACGGAGAGAACAUAGAGAAUGGAUUCUUGGAAAGACUGACAGCUUUAUACAAUAUACCAGCAUGA